AUUUUGAAGAUGAUGAUGUGUAUGGCCAAUCAGUAGAAGAUGAUUAUUGCAUUUCUCCUUCAACAGCAGCUCAAUUUAUCUACUCCAGACGAGACAAACCAGCAACAUUUGCUGAGCCAUUAGAAGAAGAAUAUGGCUAUGAAGGUACAGAUGAUACUGCUGAUUAUUUUACGCCCAGUCAUCAGCUGACUGAAGCUGAUAGAGCCCGUCUUAAUUCAUGCCUUGAUCAAAUGAGAGAAGUUUUGGCAGAGUCUGUACCAGAGCAAACAAUGGUGCAAGCAGUACUGGAUAGUAAAUUUGAUGUACAGAAGGCUUUGGAUCUUGUGCUUUCUCAAGGCAGUAAGCAAAUUGUGAAGACCAAGAAUGAGGAUGCUGUGAUUGUAGGAAAGACGACAAAAGAAAUGUGUAUUGAUACAGACAGUUUCUCUUGUGCAGUAGAAAAUGUUGCUGACAACACCAACAAAUCUGGGUUUGGAAACUGGACAGCCAAAAGCGGUUCAUCUUGUUACUCUUUAAUUACAAAUGACAAAAUGCUCCUUAAUGCUGAAAAAUCCAAUAUACCUUCAUCUGAAAGGAAAGGAUUGAAAUCCUCUUCACUUGUUCUGUCAUCUUCUUUCAGUGAUGAUUUAUGUAAAGGAUCAUUUUGUGAACCUGUGAAUAAACAGGCAGACAAUCAACUACCAGAAAGUGCUAAUGCAGUAAGUUCAAUUCCUGGCACUGGAAAUGUUUACUUUAGCAUAGGAAAUAACCUGUCUGGAAAUUCUUCCUUUAAGAAGUUGGAAUGCAAGGGAACACAGGACUUGAAAUCCUUGCUGAUGCAGAAUGUGGUUUAUGAUUCUCUGAAUCCUGAAGACAGCAUUCCUCUUGUUUCCUCAAAUACUUCUGAUUAUAAUAGUAAUGCAAAUUUUUGCAGUCCUCCAUGUUUAACAGGUGCUUUAGGGAAAUUGCCUCUUGAUAAUGAAGUCUGUCAUGCUGUAAAUAGAAACAAUGAACUUCUUGAAAAUUUUUCUUCACUUGUGCAAAGUGAAGACAUGGCUGCUUUGCCAGUGUUAAGGUCUGGAAGUACAUCAUUGGCUAACUUACUUCAGGAGCACCAGGAAAGCAGUGCUAGCCACUGUUACUCUUUAGCUGAUCUUUAUAUCCAGUCAACAGCAAAUCUUGUUGAUUCAAAAUUGGGAGCCUCACCAUUAUCACAGCUAGUAAGUCAACCGCAAACUUCAGCCGGGAUGCCAGAGCUAACAGGAUCUUUGUCUUCUCUAGCCCUCUCUAAAGUUUCUCCCCUAGAGGAGGUUGAGAAUUUAUCACUCUCGGAUUUAAUAGCAGAGACUAUUGAAAUAGAUAAAACUCAACAAAGGACAGACUUCCCCAUGCUCAAUGUAACUGGAUUGAGGCCCUCGAAAACCACCAUUGAUUUAAGUGUCCUUGUAAAAAAUGCAGACUUACCUGCAGAACAAAAUGUGGUUGGACAGCCAAACAUCUUAAGCCCCGAAACUAAACUUUUAAAAGAAAAACAAGGAAAAUGUUCUGGUUUUGCCAAAACAAAUAAAAAACCCAAAAGAGGGCUUACUUCUGAGAGUCAGGAUUUGUCCCUUUCGUGGAUGAAGGCACUGCGUGCAAGACCUUCAGCUUUUGCUUUAACCUUGUGUCUCCGUUAUCCUCCAAAAGGUUAUAAGCGGCGCACAAUUGGUAUACAUAAAGCUUUCCUAUACAGUAGACAAGUACAAGACGAAAAACCCAAGGAAACUGGUCCUAUAAUAGCCAUAACACCAUUUGACUUCAAGUCAGCAUCUCCUGAUGAUAUUGUGAAAGCUAACCAAAAAAGAGCCUUUACAAGACAGUAG